CGGCUCGGAUCUGACCUCAAAGCCUCAAAUAUGAAGUUCAUCAUUCUUGCUCUUUGCGUGGCUGCUGCCGCUGCUGUUGGAAAGGGACGUUAUGGUUACGAUUAUGGACACUAUAACUACCGUGGUGCCAUCGCCAACGCUGCUGCUGUUAGAGUAGCCGCCGCCAACCGUGCUGCCGCUGCUGGUGCCGCCGCCGGUAACGCUAGAAAUGCUGCCAACGCCGAUGCUGCUUACGCUGCCAAUGCUGCUGCUGCCGCUGGCGCCGCUAGAGGUGUUGCUGCCGACCGUGCCAACGUUGCUGCUGCUGCUACCGCUGCUGCUGCUGCUGCCAGAGCCGACGCCAACGACAAGGAAGCUUUUGCUCAGGCUGCUGCCCACGCUGCCGCUGCUGCCCGUGCCGAGGCCAACGAGGCUGCCGCUGAUGCCGCUGCUGCUGCCGCUGCCGCUGCUCGUGCCCGUGCUGCUGCCAACGCCGCUGCUGGUGCCUCCAACGCCGCUGAUGCCCAUGCCGCUGUCAAGACAGCCAGCGCUGUCCGUGCUGACAAUGUUGCCGAUGGUGCCGCUGGUGCCGCCGCUGUUGCUGCCGACCGUGCUGUCAGAGUUAGCGCUACCGUCGACGCUAGAGCCGCUAGAGCUAGAGCCGCCAUCGAGGCCGCCAGACAGGCUGCUGCUGCCAGAGCCAGAGCCGCUGCUGCUGCCCAAGCCGCUGCUGCCGCCAGAGCCGCCGCUGCUGCCAGAGCCGCUGCUGCCGCCAGAGCCGCCGCUGUCGUCAAGGCUCCAGGCUAUGGUUACGCUGACCUUGAUUACGGAUACGGUGGUUACGGAAAGAAUGUUUAUUAAACGAUGCAGCAUGUAGAGUGGUGAAGGUAACCUCACAGACGACGCGACCACCCUCGUCGUAGAACGCUCGCAAUUAUUAACGAUAUUCCGUCGUUUGCUGAUAUUCUGUGUGAUGUGUACUGUGAUUACAAUUGUAAUAAA